AGUCUCCCACCCAAUCCGCACCGGCAGCCGGCGGCGAUGAGGUGGGACGCGGCGGAGACGGAGGCGGUCCUCGAGCGGAUCUGGGACCUGCACGACCGCCUCAGCGACGCCAUCCUCGCGUCCUCACGCGCGCACCUCCUCCUGCCCCCUCCUCCCCCUCCCCCGCCCCAGCCCGCGCCGUCCGCGCCCUCCGCCAAGGGGGCCCACCUUCGCGGCGGCGGCGUCAGGAACGGGUGCGUCUUCGUCAAGGGAGGCGGAGGCUGCGGCGGACGGGACGGGGGAGAGGCGCUGGCGGCGGCCGCGGAGGCCGUGGCCGAGGCCAGGAGCCUGCACGCCAUCCGCUCCGCGCUCGAGGACCUCGAGGACCACCUCGAGUUCUUACAUACUGUUCAAUCGCAGCAGCGGGCUGAGCGAGAUGCUGCAAUCGCUAGACUGGAGCAAAGCCGUCUAGUCCUUGCUAUGAGAUUAGCAGAGCAUCAGGGGAAGAGGUACCGAGUGAUUGACGAAGCCUUGGCGUUUGUGGGUGAAGUGAGUGACAAGAGUCGAUUUAUCUCACCAGAAGAUGUCCGUGCAACCCAGACAGAGGAUAAUGCAGAGGGAAACAGGGGCAGUGGUUCAAGGAUCAUGUCAAACGUGCUAGCAUGUAGUUUAUCCUUAGCCAAGAAUUCAUUUCGGCUGGACAAGAUUGGUGGUGCUCUAGGUAACGCUGCGGUAUUUGCAGUAAGUAUGCUUGCUUUCUUGCAGCUGCAUCAAAUUGCACUUGGAAGUAGAACUCCAGCCAUGGGAUACAGGAAGAGAAUUGAGUACAGUUUUCAAUCUGGCAGCUCACAACAGAAUGGGAAAGGGAAACAUUUGGAGGUUUACCUAGCCAGAGGCUGAGGAAUUAUUAGAUCACGCUGUUGGCUGUACAGAAAGUUUUGACCAAAGAUCAAUUUUUGUUGGUUUUGUUAGGGCACUGAUCAUUCUUUACUACGACGGGCUGGACCCUGUUCCAGGAAACUAGGGGACUGGCUGUCCGAUUCUUUUGGAUGGAUUGGAAGGAUACCACGUAUUGUACCCCCCAAAUUGUAAAUGGCUUUGUUCUUAGAGAUGGAUUGUUUGUAAACCGUGUCCUUGUUCAAGGUAACUUGAACGGUCGUGGUCUGAAGGCAAUAGCCUUCCACACCAUCUUCCCUCCACUUUCUUGCCAGUUUUGAUCAUAUCCAUUCUGCAAAAGGCAACUGCUGCUUGUGCUAUUGAGUGUGGUGUGUUCAAGGUUCUUUGCUUGUGUGAUAAGUUUCAUGUUCGUGUGGUUGCAGAUUGGGUACAUGUGGUGCUUGUGCCUAUGCUUUAAUUGGAGUACUGAUGAUGUUAUUUGCUUUC